CUUAAAUAUUUGACUUACCUACCUACCCACCUUUGUCCGUGGCUACAAUAAAACCAACCAAAACAAAACCAAACCAGUGGUAUAGUAUAGUAUAGUAUAGUAUACUACUCCUAGUACUGAAUCAGUCUCAUAUUUUUCGUAAUCUCCGACAUGAAAGGUGUUGGGUCAAUCCUCUUCUUGUUCUUCUUCUCAUGUUACAUAAUCGCUGUCUUCUCACAAGCAAUACCAAUAACCACUCAUCAACCUCAACCUAAUCAAUCUUUCAAGCCCAACCAAACCCAACAUCAGAGUGCUGUUGGUAGUAGCACUUGUUCUUACACGGUGGUCAUAAAAACAAGCUGCAAUUCCCCCGCAUAUACUGGAGAUCGUAUCAGUCUUUCAUUUGGUGAUGCUUAUGGCUAUCAGGUUUAUGUUCCAAGAUUGGAUGAUCCAUAUUCAGGGACAUUUCAGGGUUGCUCUACAGACACAUUUGAUAUAUACGGACCAUGUACAUACCCAAUAUGCUACCUGUAUUUAUACAGAACAGGAUACGAUGGUUGGAAACCAGAGAGUGUGACAGUAUAUACCUAUAACUACCAACCUGCUACAUUUUACUACAACACUUUUAUCCCUAAUGGUAUUUGGUAUGGUUUUGAUUUUUGUCGUGGUUAUUUAUCAUCCACUACCACUUCUGCUGCACUCUAAUGGACCUUCUUAGUUUGUUGAUAAAUAAGGGAAGUACUUUUCCCACCCCCAUAUAUGUUAGGCUUAGUGGGCUUCUAUAAGCCCUUCCUGUGGGGUUUUCUAUAUGUUUCUACUGUCUGUAUUCCACAUUAAAUUAUGCCAUAUGAUAUUUUGAGAUACUUGGUUGAUUUUGUUCAUGUAUAAAGUCUUGUUAAUAGCAUUAGACUCAAGUGGUUAAUGA